GAUGUAGUUUUCGAAAUUUCCCUUGUCAAUAAAAACAACAUGUGUGCGUUCGAGAUAUUGAAAGUGAAUCCCUUUAUAAACGUGCAAAAGUAAUAUUAUUUAUUUCUUGUCAGUAUAAAACGAGUUCUUCAAAUCAACUAGCUAAUGAAAUCAUACGUUAUUUUUCUGUGUCUAAACAAUAUUGGCCAUAAGACCUAUUAGUUUUAAGAAGCAUCGAACAUCAUGAUAGAGAACUUGUCACAGAGACGAAUGGUAUUUGGGAUUAGCUGCUUGAUAUUAUUAACAAUCGUUGUGUUGAUCAUUGAGUCCAAAUGGAUGAAAGCUGGUACUCGUCGUCAAGAUUUUGUAAUUGAAAACAAUUCGACCUGUUGGGUACGAGAGACGUACGAAGUAAUUAAGGAUUGUCAUCCUUGUACGGCAUUCGAAAUCGCCAGUAAAUCCCAGGGUGUUUGCGUCCAUACUCACAACAAAGAAGUGCUUAAAUGUCUAAGUGGGGAAAUCGUUACUCGAAGCUGUGAUCGAGUGGCUUGGCUGGACGAAAAACAUUACUGGACUUUUCAAAUUACACUUACGAUAGUGGGGAGCCUAUCUACCGCAAUUUCUUUUCUUCGACAAAAAUCCUUAAAUCGCAAAGCUAUGCUGAAAAUUCAAAGUCAACUUGAAGCCUGCUGA